AUGUGUUAUGAAGUAUUGUCCUUCCUUUCGCAUAGAUUUAUUUUGAGGACGUGUACGCUGAUUUCGUCUCAGUGGUAUAAUGUUAUUAAGGAACGUUGUUUGUUUUCGACUAUGUUCAAUUCACCCGUUACUAAAGAAAGAGCUCAAUUGAUGAUUAAUAGCCCCUUUCUGGAACGAAUAAUCUCUGUAAGUUGUACACAAGCAGCAACUACAUGUAAACAAUAUUGGAAAGCCAUUGGAAUGAUGAAACGAUUGACUUAUAUUAACACAGUUAGUAACCAAAUAACCUCGAAUGUACUGUACAUUAUUAAGAAUAUUACAAAAUUGAAAUCGCUCCAGACAUUAUAUAUUGGAUUUAAUCCAUUAGGAGACGAGGGAGUUAAAUUAUUGGGUGGAAUACCCAGUUUAACAAGUCUUAGUAUUUGUGCAACCUCCUCAACUUUUGAAUCAAUGGGAGCUAUUAGUCAAUUGAAGAAUCUCAAUUAUCUUGAUGUUGCUUAUUGUGACAUUGGCGUGGAAGGGUCUAAAAUAAUUAGUGGAAUGACCCAUUUAACUGAACUUGAUAUUUCUCAGUCAAAUAUUGGGUCGGACGGAGUUAAAUAUAUUUCUCAAAUGUCAAAUUUGAAAAAUUUAUUUAUACCUGCAAAUGAAAUAUUGGACGAAGGGGCUUUAUUUAUUAGUAGUGGAUUGAAAAAUCUCACAUUUCUCGAAAUCAGUUGUAAUGCACUGACGGAUAUAGGAAUCUCAAGUAUAGCUAAAAUGAAUCAAUUGGAAGGUUUAGCCAUCAACAAGAAUAACAUUGGUGAGGAAGGUAGAAAAGCUCUCACUCAAAUGAAGGCAUCCAGAACUAAAUUUUAUUUAGAAUGUGAUGAUUUGGUCCAAUGA